UCGAGUCAGCUAUUAGUCACAACAAAGCCGGGUAUGGCUCUUUUAAAACAGUCGGCAUUGGCACACGAAACGUGCUGCCGCGUUUUUAAUCCUCAUAAUAUAAUUCAAACUAUGAAUUUAAUUAUUAAUAAUGUGAAAUAUGUGAAUUAGAACAAUGAAAUACUCUUUGUUGAUUUGCGUCUUUUUGGUGUCUUGCGCUGUGAACGCCGACAUACCUUGCGCAGCGCGCGUCGUCAAGAGUAAUUUUAUAGUGUGUGUAUGCAACAGCACGUAUUGUGACUCCAUUACUGUCGACAAGCCGGAUAGUGGCAAUUACGUCACUUAUACAUCUUCGGAAGGAGGCUUACGCUUCGAGAAAUCACAGGGCACUCUGGAUAAUUACAAUCAUUCAUCAACAUGCUGCUCAGUGACUCUGGAUAUAGAUGUGAACACUAAGUACCAGACGAUAGAAGGCUUCGGCGGCGCCGUCACCGACUCGGCUGCUAUGAACUGGAAGAGUUUAUCCGAAACGACGCAGCAAUUUCUCAUUGAUUCAUAUUUCGGCGCGAGUGGUAUAGAGUACAACAUGAUUCGUGUUCCCAUCGGAGGCACUGAUUUCUCCACUCAUCCUUAUGCUUACAACGAAAUUCCUGAGAAUGAUGCGAAGUUAAGUAAUUUUUCGCUGACCUUCGAGGAUUAUGAGUUUAAGAUACCGCUUAUCAAGAAAGCGUUCGAAGCUUAGAGUCCCAUCCAUCUGAUAGCGACGACGUGGUCACCUCCGCCGUGGAUGAAGACGAACCGCGCGUACACCGGCGUCAGUCAUCUGAAGACAGAGUUCUACCAGACUUACGCUGACUACCAUUACAAGUAAAAA